CCACCAGAAAACGUCGGCUGAUUUGGUUUGUAAGUAUUGUCUCCACCUUUGAUAUGUGGCUUUGUUUUACGCGUGUUCCCUCUUGCUGCGUUUGCGGAAUUUGCUGUCUUGUGGUCAUGAUUGUCGUUGUUGUUGUUCGUUUUCCCUGCAGUGCUGCGUCUGUCAUUCCUAGAUGCUUUCUUCCCUUUCCACCCCUCUUCCCGUCGCGGCCCCGCCCCCUCCCCCUUUCGCGGGCGCGCGCCCGCAGGAUCAGCAGGGCACCGCCCGACGGCCCGCUGCAGGGCCCGCUGACGCUGGACCUCCCGGCGCCCGAGGCCCUGGACCGCUGGGGCGGGCCCGCCAUGCAGACGCCCCGGGCCGAGCCGGAGCCCACCAUCAGCUCUGGAGCCUGCGCGCCGAUGCUGCUCGGCUGCCCGCGGCCGCCGAGCCGCGGCGGCCGGCGGGCCGGGGGCGCUGGUGGCGCUGCGAGGCGGCGCGGCGGCUGCAGAGAGGCGCAGGCCGCCGGCUUCCUGUGACCGCGCGCGAGCGGCGCGGCACCCCCGGCGCGCGGCGGGCUGAGCUGCCCGCUCCCCGCCCGCGGCGGGCCCCCGGCGUCGGCGCGCCAGCGCCCACGACGCGCGCGCGUGC